AUGGAAUCAACGGCACAAGAGCUGAAAUCAGCUCUUCACCAAUACCCAAAUUUCCCAAGCAAGGGUAUUUUAUUCGAGGAUUUUUUGCCAAUCUUCAGAUCUCCUCAGCUGUUUGGUAAGCUCGUGAAAGCUUUCAAGGAGCAUUUCGAGCUCAAAUUCAAAGACACUAAGAUUGACUACAUCGUCGCCCUCGAGGCGCGUGGGUUUUUGUUUGGACCAGCGGUCGCCUUGGAAAUUGGCGCUGGGUUUGUGCCAGUCAGAAAGCACGGCAAACUACCAGGUGAGUGUAUUCAGGCCAAAUACACGAAAGAAUAUGGCGAAGACCUCUUCGAUAUUCAGAAAGAGUCGAUCCCAGAGGGCUCUAACGUAGUCAUCAUGGAUGACAUCAUCGCUACAGGCGGCUCUGCUUUGGCUGCGGGAGAGCUGGUGGAAAAAUUGGGAGCCAAUCUCUUGGAAUUUGCCUUUUUCAUGGAACUAGAUUUUCUGAAAGGUAGAGAAAGACUUCAAGCCCCCGUUUUCACGCUCUUGACUGGCCAGGAACACGCACUUCAGUGA